CCGAGGAGGAGACGGUGCUGGGGUCGCCACACGCGCCGCCGCCCUGCACGCUCGUGUGGCGAGACCUGUCCGUGCACACCAAGCUGAAGGACGGCAACCUUAAACGAUUAAUAAAUAAUGUGAGCGGCAUUGCAAAACCGGGCUCGUUGGUGGCAUUAAUGGGACCCAGUGGCGCCGGAAAAACUACAUUAAUGAGCGCGUUAGCGCACCGGAGUCCAGUGGGCACGGUCGUCGACGGAGAGGUAGCCAUGAACGGCCGGCCCGUUGGAGACUUCAUGCACCGACAGAGUGGCUACAUGCAUCAAGACGAGUUGUUCGUUGACAAUUUGACGGUUAUCGAGCAUCUUAGUGUAAUGGCCCGACUACGUAUGGACCGGCGCACCUCCUCCAUCGCUCGGAAACGUCGAGUGAAUCAACUCCUGCGACAGCUGGCGCUCUAUAAGUCGCGGUUCACACGCAUCGGCGGUCUUGAUGGACAGAAAACUCUAUCCGGAGGGGAGAGGAAGCGACUAGCCUUCGCGACUGAGCUCUUAACAGACCCCGGUCUACUCUUCUGCGAUGAGCCCACCACGGGUCUGGAUUCCUUCUCAGCGCAGAAGCUGGUGUCUCUGCUGCGAGCCAGCGCCGCACAAGGGAAGACCGUUAUAUGCACCAUCCACCAGCCGUCUUCGGAGCUGGUAGCGCAGUUUGACAAACUAGUGCUGUUAGCGGAAGGAAGAGUGGCGUACGCAGGCAGUGCGAAAGGAGCGCUCACUUUUUUUGAAAGCUUGGGCUACCACUGUCCCAUCACGUACAAUCCAACGGACUACUUCAUAAAGGUGCUGGCGAUGACACCGGGUUCAGAGGAGGCCUCGCGACAGGCGGUGAAGAGCAUCUGUGAUCGAUUCGCGGUCAGCGACGCCGCUAAAGAAUUAGACAUGGAGAUACACUUGGAGUUUCAUCUUAUGGACCAUGAGGACCAGGCUAGAAAGAAACUAAAUAAGGAAAACUUCAAGUCACCAUUUUUCUUCACAAAAAUUAUGUGGCUCGUGUACCGAUAUGCGCUGAUCGUCAUCCGAGAUCCAAGAGUGCAGUUUAUACGAAUUAUACAAAAAUUGGCAAUAGCCUUCACCGCCGGCCUUUGCUUCCUUGGCACAGCACGCCUGACCCAAGCCGGGGUCCAAGACGUGCAGGGUGCCCUCUUCAUCAUCAUAGCAGAGAAUACCUUCAGCCCCAUGUAUUCAGUCCUGCACAUGUUCCCUGAGGAGUUCCCGUUGUUCCAUAGAGAGAUCAGAGCGGGGUUGUACUCGACUCCUGAGUAUUAUGUAGCGAGGAUGAUUGCGUUGUUCCCAGGACUGGUGGUUGAGCCAUCCCUGUUCACACUAGUGGUAUACUGGAUCGCGGGGCUUCGAGCUACAUUCUACGCCUUCGGCUUCACCGUAUUCCUAUCCAUAUUGGUGCUGAACGUUGCUAUCGCUUGCGGAUCGUUCUUCUCAUGCGCUUUCGGCUCGAUGCCUGUCGCCAUCGCUUACCUCGUACCUUUCGACUACUGCCUCAUGAUGACGUCUGGCAUCUUCAUCAAACUAAGUACAUUACCAAAAUACAUAUCCUGGAUUCGGCAUUUGUCGUGGCUCAUGUACUCAAACGAAGCCAUGAGCAUACUCCAGUGGGAUGGCGUUAGCAACAUUACUUGCGCCCCAACCGACUCCGGUACGCCAUGCCUCAGCACGGGCGAUGAGGUUCUCAACGUAUACGACUUCACCACUUCGCACUUCUGGACGGAUGUCAUCGCGCUCGCUGUGCUGUACCUCACCUUCCACCUCCUCGCGUUGCUGGCCUUGAGGCAUCGGACUAGGCGGAAAUAAUAUUAUCUCACAGUAUAUUUCUG